CAUGCGCGGUAAGGACGAGGCGCCGGCUGGGGACCUCUCGUCAGCUGUCUACCCUACCACCUGACUUUUUAAAGAUCUGAACGUGAGCGCUGUCGGGUCCUGUCCACACAGCGGAGCGUAGAAAUCCCAGCGACCGACUCGGGCUAGAUGCUAUGAGGAUACCCAGCGCCUUUAGACUUAUUUUAAGUCGGGCAUCUCCAAGGACACAUAUUUCCCGGGUCCUCCACAGGAAGCGGUUCACAAAAGACAACACCAGACCCUGGUCCGCCCCCCACCCCCACCCCCACCCCCGGCCGCUGCUACCGGCGCCUCUCGUGAGCCCGCUACCCGGCUACCUGCUGCUUCGAUGUCCCUCUAGAACGGAGGCACUGACUCGGUGUGUGCUAUGCAGCGUUAUUAACUUGCACGGAUUUUUUUCGGUUUUCUGGAUCCCAGAAACCCACGCCGGUUUUAACGUUCCUGCAGAUGUGCUGUCUGGGGAUUGGACACUCUGAUUGACACCAGAGGCCUACGCUGCCUGCCUGCCAAUCGAGAGUGAACCAGCCUGUUUCUGGCAAAGGGGGCCGGGCAGGCCUUUGGUGACCUUUUUCUCAUCCGCCUGCACUUCUUGGCAGCCCCAUUUUCUCUCCCACGUUUUGCAAGGGAGCAGAGAAUAGCCACGGGCCUUCUUGCUCCCGAGACGGCUGUGGUUUUACUACGUUCUGGAAGGGAAAAUGCCUGGGAAAAGGUCCCUAAAUGCAUCGGCCAUCCCAAGUGCCAAAAGGGAACGGAAAGCAAUUACCCUCGACAUAAAAUUGGAAGUGUUGAGACGAUUUGAAGUUGGUGAAAAGCUCAGCCAAAUUGCGAAGGCCUUGGGCCUUGCUGUUUCUACAGUGGCUACAAUCCGAGAUAAUAAGGAAAAAAUUAAAGCGAAUUCGCAAAUAGCUACUCCUUUGAGAGCCUCCCGGUUGACUCGGCAUCGAAGUGCAGUCAUGGAGACCAUGGAGCGCCUGCUGCAUGUGUGGCUUGAAGACCAGAGCCAGCGAAACGUGCCCCUGAGUGUCACAAUUAUUCAGGAGAAGGCUAAGAGUUUGUUUGAUGACUUACAGCGUGAAAGAGGUGCGAGCUCUCAAACAGAAAAGUUUACUGCAAGUAAAGGGUGGUUUGUGAGAUUCAAGGAGCGCCACUGUUUGCCCCACUUCAAGAUAAACAGCACGGCUCCUGGAAACAAGGACAUAUAUCCAGAAGCGCUAAGAAGCAUCAUUGAAGAAGGUGAGUAUACCCCCCAGCAGGUUUUUAACGUAGAUGAGACGGGGCUUUAUUGGAAGAGAAUGCCUGAAGGAACGUUUAUUUCUGUGGAAGAGAAAGCCGAGCCAGGCUUUAAAUCAUCCAGAGAUCGCUUGAUGCUGCUUCUUGGUGGCAAUGCAGCUGGGGACUUUAAGUUGAAGCCCCUAUUGGUGUACCACUUGGAAAACCCCAAGGCUCUGAAAGGAUACUCCAAGCCCAAUUUGCCUGUAAUUUGGCGCUCAAACAAAAAGGCCUGGGCGACCAGGAGCAUCUUUCAGGAAUGGUUCACAUACUUUUUUUGCCCAGCCGUUGAAAGAUACUGUGCCCAGAAUAAUCUCACCCACAAAGCGUUGCUCAUCCUAGACAAUGCCCCAUGCCACCCAGUAAAUUUGAGUGAUCUGUCUGAUAAUGUAAGAGUGGAAUAUCUUCAUGACAGUACAGCUGACUCCAUCCAGCCCAUGGGUCAAGGCAUAGCCUCCGCCUUUAAAGCUCAUUACGUGAGAAGAACUUUUGAGCACAUCCUAGAAGCAACAGAUGGGGAGGAUACAGCCAUGAUCAGGGAGUUCUGGAGAAACUACAGCAUCAUGGAUGCUGUAGACAACAUUGCACUAGCUUGGGAGGCGCUGAGACCGGCAACAAUGAACAGCGUGUGGAAGAAGAUCUGGCCUGAGUGUGUUCGGUUCCAGAGCGUUUCCCAAACAGAUAACAUUGCACAACUUCAACAAAACAUUGUGACUCUUGCCAAGAAUGUGGCUUUCGAAGAGGUUGUAGAAGCCGACGUGGACCAGUUGCUGAGGUCCCACGAGGAGGAUCUCUCGAACACGGAACUGAUGCAGCUAGAACAGGAGCCUGCGGAAGAGGAGAGUGAAGAUGCCCCACCUGCCCUGCGUCAGCUAACCACAGGAAGACUCUCAGCAGCCUUCUCACAUUUCGAGGCAGGCCUACAGGUCCUUACAAGUGAUGGCCCUAAUGAUGAUUGGAAACUGAAAGUUUCGGGAGCAAUCAAUGAUGCGAUCAACUGCUACAGGGAAUUGUACAAUGAGAAAAAGCGGCGCUCAAAGCAACUAUCUUAGGUCGUUUUUCAGUGUGUGCGACCAAACGUUAAUCAAAAUAAAGCCAGAAGCAACAAGAUGACCUCAGCGGAUGAGAUCCAGCCACGCCUCUCUACUUCCAGAUGCUUUACAUCUUUGGAAACUCUUGUUUCUGGUAUUUUCAUUUUGACACCUGAGAGUACCAAAUUUUGUCAUUAAAAUUUCACUUAAA